AUGUGUGCACCCGAUUCCCAAUUCAAUUCCGACGAAGAAAGAGAAAAAGUAAACGAACGCCGAUCGCUGAAGCUCCAAAUCCCGCCUCCUCCACUCCGCGCGCAGAUCCGCCUCCUCCUCGACUCUUUAAACUACUCCACGCGCAACUUCGAGCACAUCGACAAAAAAUGCGCCAUGAUGGUCUUCGAGUCGCUCGUCACCGUGGGCGACAAGACGUCGACGCUCGACGCCGCGGGGGGUGUCCUUCCGGUCCCGUCGCCGCUUCUCGUCGCGCGGUGUUACAGCGAAACCUGCAUCACGCACUUGCGCGGACCGAAACCCAACGUCAAGGCGUUCAAAGAAGCCGUGCACGCGUACCUCGUGGAGGAUCUGAAGGACACGUCGCCGUGGCUGGACGCGGAGACGCUCGUGAACUGCCGCGACGGCUUGGCCAGGGUGUGCGAGUGGGCGACCCCGGCGCGCGCGGGAGAGGUGCUCAACCGCUGGCACGCGGAGAAGGAGCUUCUGCAGCAGCUCGCGCAGUACGCCUCGAGCGUGAUCAAGGCGAUGGGGCCGAGCUUUUUGGAGCUCGUCGCGAUUGACAUCGCGCGCGGGGCGUACAACCCGAUGGUCGAGGAGGGGUUGCUGCUGCCGAAGAAGGAGAGGGACGGCGACGCGAGGGCGGCGGCGGCGCGUCGCGACGCGACGACGUCGAGCGACGAGGACGAGGACGAGGACGAGGACGCGCCGCCCGCGGCGAAGGCGGCGAAGGCGACGACGAGGACGACCCGCGGCGGCGGCGAAGACGCGGCGGCGUGGAAGAAGCUCGGGAAGCGAGCGACGGCGAACGAGACGCAAGAAGAGAUCGCCCCCGCGGACGACGACGACGACGACGAGCCCUCCCCCGCGGCGAUCCGCGCGAAGAAGAUGAAGAUCUCGUCCACGCGGAAACCCGGCGCGACGACGGUGGAGUGGGACGGGGACUCGCAGUUUACGACCCCGGGCGAGAAGGGGACGCCGACGCUGCCGAGUUUCGCCGUCGAAAAGAAGAAGCACGCGACGACGGCCACGGGGAGGAAAAAGAAACAGUACUGGUCCGACGAGGAGGUGAAAGAGCUCGAGCGGUUGGUGAAGAAGUACGGCGAGAGCAACUGGAAGAAGAUUCAGACGGAAGGCGCCGGGGUUUUUGACCCGGCGCGGACGAACGUGCACUUGAAGGACAAGUGGCGGACGAUGCAAAAGGGAAACAGGGGGUGA